CCCAUAGGAACCGCCAUCGCCCCAGCAACAGCCGCGUUGGGCCAAUGAAAAGGGAAAACGUUGGCGGGAAAGCCUCGCUUCUUCUCCCAGCCUCCAUCGGAAUAACACUUCUGAGAAAACGCAAUAGGACUAGCCCUGAGUCAACAACGCACCACAAGGCUUCUAAACAACUGAAAAUUGAUGAACUUUUCGGGGAAGGAACUAUACGGUACCUUUUUUCACUAUAGGAGUCUAAAGAUUCCAGCUUUGUGAAAAAGCUCCCAUGAGUACCCGUAAGUCAAUUAUUCUGAGUUUUGAAACAGUUCACUGUUAAUGUUUUGAUAACACUGGCCACAGAGGCGGUUCAACCACCAGGCCAACUAGGCAGUUGCCUGUGGCGCCAUCUUAUUGGGGGGAACCAUCAAGGCAACUCCUGUCUCCUGCGGCCUGCCUCCACAAGGGCAAACAAAGAGAAAGUGGGAAGAAAAAGUGAAGAGCAUUGAAGAACUAGCAUCUUCGUAUAAACGAAGGCCGCUCUGCAACCGUUACAAACCACAGCUGUCCAAACCAUGGCAGCCAUCCUCUGUUUGGAAGUUAUUUCAUCGACAAAACCAAGCAUUCAAUUUUGCAAAAUCCUGUAAAGAGUCUACCUUUUAGAGGAAACUAUUAACAGAAAAAAGGAGUCACUUACAAUGAAGAAUCACUUCCUCCAACAAAGAAUUCAUCUUGUGAGUGUGACUGGAUUAUAACUAAAAUAGGGCCGCUGAAAAACAGAGAUGUUCACACUUGAUGGAUGUUCAUAUAUUUGCUUUGGAAAGGACUGCUGAAAACAAACAGAGGUUUUAUCUUGUGACAACCUACACAGAGCUUUGGUUUUAUUACAGCAAACAUCGUGAAACCAGUCUUAUGCAUUGUUAUGAAGUUAUCCCAGAAACAGCUGUUUGCAAACUAUACUUUGAUUUGGAAUUCUACAAACCAGCAAAUAAAGGCACUGAUGGAAAACAGAUGGUAGCAGACUUAAUAGAGUUUGUAUGUGAAAAAUUAGAUGAACACUAUGGAGUAAAAUGUUCAGUUGGAGACAUUUUGAAUUUGGAUUCCAGCACUGAAGAGAAAUUUAGUUGCCAUUUAAUAUUUCAAUUCCACAAUGCUGCAUUUAAAAAUAACAUUCAUAUAGGUAACUUUUUAAGAAGAAUUUUGGAACCCGCUGUUCUUUUAACUAAGAAUAAAGAUGAAAUGGCUGUAGAAAAACAGGUGCUUUCUGCUUCUCAAUGUUCCAAAGUCACCAUGGAUUUACCCAAAUGUCUGGAAAACCAGACUGUCUCUAGUAAUGUGCCUCCCACCUGUCAACUUAAUUCACAGAGAGCAAUGGAAAAGGGGACACCACAAGGGAAAGGAGACAGAGACCUAUCCUUUCUGAUAAUGAAUUGCAAACAGGGAGGAAAGCAACUGUUUGUAGAUCUCGGGGUUUAUACUAAGAAUAGAAAUUUCCGGUUAUACAAGUCAUCAAAAGCAGGAAAGUGUGCUGUCCUGGAUAUUGCAGAAGAUAACAAGUUUAUUCCUAAACCUGUAAAAAAUUCUUCUGUAGAAGAACAGUAUUUUUUGUCCUCUUUGAUCUGUAAUGUAAGAUAUUCAGACUGUUUAAAAAUUUUGACUUUUGACAAUCCAGAAGCAAGAAAAGAAAAGUCUGCCUGUUCAAACGGCAACACAACCAAUAGCUGUAUAGACUCCAUAGGGGGAUACCACUGUUCCCCUUAUCCAGAAAUUGAUAGCUUUGUCCUCUCCUUAGUCAGUAAAGACAGUGUUCGAGGAGGAAUAAGAAGAUGGAAUUAUUUUUCUCUUGAGCAGCUUCUUGUGUAUGACAUCUUGAACUACCGUUGGUGUAGAAAUAUUGGCAGAGCUCACAAAAGUAAUAAUAUAAUGAUUAUAGUAGAUUUGAAACAAGAGAAUUGGUAUCAAAAAUGCCACGAUCCUAUUUGCAGAGCAGAAAACUUCAAAUCAGAAAGUUUUCCUUUACCAAGUGAAGUAUGCCUCCCGUUCCUUUUCAAGGAGGAAGAAGAGUAUGAAUAUAUAAUGGAUGAAUGUGGGAACAUCGAAGAAAAAUCCAAAACAUAUAACCCAACGACAGAUUCGUCAGGCGGCACAUCUUUAGCUGCGUUACAGCAAAUAAGUGACCCAGAUGCUCCAAAAAGGUCAAGCCUUGAAUGGGAUGAUGAAACCGACAUCUUUUUUUUGGAAGCUUCUGAAGAUGUGGAACUUGCAGAGGCUGCUGCUAGUUUUCAGCCUCAGAGGGACUGGAGUAUAGAUGAAAUACCCGAUGAGCUCCUAGUAGAUGCUUUACAAAACCGUGAAAUCAAGGAAUAAGUCUGCCAAGGCACAGCUAAGUAAAGAGUGCACUUAGCUAUUAUCAAAUAAUCAGCAGUCAAACAAGCUAGCUAAAUGAUACCAGCUUUUGUGAGUUUGGGGGAGUAGUAUUUCCUGGAAUAUCUAUUUUACUUUAGUUGGUAGCUAGUGAUGAUAAACAGCUUUUUAAAAGCAUUUGUGUAAAAAUGAAUUUCAGGGCAGAAAAUAAGAGUUUCAUUAAACAAAUAUCAGACAGUUGGUCAGAGAAACUGGAUUCCUUUAAUUCUCAUACAUUGUAUAACACGGUGAAAGAUUUAAAUAGCAAAAAUACCAUAGUGUAAAAACACAUCAUGCCAAGUUCUAUACAGAGUAUUAAAGACUUUGUUUUUCAAAAAAAAAAAAUUCAAACGAUAUUGGGCAAAAUUCUAUUGCCAUAUUUCAGAUAGUACAUUCAAAUAUUUGACAUUAACUGUUUUUUGUAGAAUUUUAAAAUUAGUUGACUGAUAAUAAUUAAAGAACAAAAGGAAAAAAAAUCUGAAAAAAUAAAGUAAGUCAUGGCAUAUACUUAUUAUAUAAGAGGCGCAGAACUUUUUAACAUCACUUUAUGGGAUAGUGUAAGAGGAGAAAUAGAGUAGAUCACACAAUAUGCCACUUCUAAACUCUACAAUAGCAAAUAUUCUGUUUUUGUGGAACUACUGCUCUUUAAACAUUUAUUUAAAUAUUUAUUAGUAAUUUAAGUGCCUCUUAUGGGAUCCUGCCUGCUCCUCCCUGCUGUGAACUCAUUCUUAACCCUCUACUUCUUGCAGCAGGAAAUUGUGAUCUUUCCCCAGCAGCAGAUAAUACUAUAAACAGAGGCCCUAUCCUCCAAGGAAAACUGCCAAACUAAGAUUCAGUUGAUUUGUCAUACUUACUGUUUAUUUCUGUUUUUACUUGGUAUUUGACAAUGCUCAUUCUCUAUAGUAAGUUAUACCGGGGCCUAAAUGCAACAGCAAGUCCCAACUACAUAGAUAUCUUGCAUGUAAGUUAACGUUUACAUAAAUUCCAUUAAUUUCAAUCAACAUAUUCUCACUGGGGCUAGGAAUUAGUUAUACUUAAAAUUACAAUGUAAGACGGUGCUAUGGAAAUAGGAGGCAGUUUAGAGUGUCUUCUGCAUGAAGAAUGUCUAGCUUUCUUUUUGCACAUUUAAAACUUGCUGUAAUCUUUUGUUGAUAUUUCGAAUAUGACCUUCGGCUCCUAAAAUUCUUUGCGAUUCCACCAGAAGUGCAGGAAGGCUGGAAAUGCCAUACUGGGGGAGGGGGGGGGGAGGGAUAGAAUGAAACAUUAUGAUUUGGCCUUCAACUCCCAGAAAUCCUAACAGUUGGUACCCAGCGAUUGACUAGGCCCCGCCAGCUAGGGCCUACAUGCAAGCACUGAAAAUCAGCCAAACAAAUGGUUACUGUUGCCCGCUUUUUUUUGUUUCACUGAUAUUUCCGUUCCAGAGGGGGUUGUACUGUUCCAUGCCAUCCGAAUGGACGGAACGGUACGAAAACAUGAAAUAAACAGAUGAAACAGUAACUGGGCUCAUGACUAGAGUAAGUAUAUGCAAACACAAGUAUUUAAAAAUCAUAAUAACCUGAAAUCCAAAUCAGUUCUGGACUCAAGCAAAUAAAAUUAUUCUAAAAUCUGAAACAAUCUGAAAUCCCAAACACUUUCUAGUCCCAAGCACUCAAUAUUAUGAAAGUCGAAGGCAUGCUUCAAACUGCAGCCUUUCAUGUUUCAUUAGUUGUGUCACCUUACUCAUAAUCUUUAUAAAAUAAGCACAUACGAUUUUGAUGCCCUUUUGGGGUUUUUUUAAGGCAAAUUAAUAACAAAGUAAAGAUGGUUAAAAAAACAAGAUAGUAUACUGUUUCAGUAAAAUAUCCAUAGAAUGUGUUUCAGUAGAUGCUGUAAGAUCUUGGAGAAGAGAUGAAAUGAGAUCAAUCCCAAUAUGUUGAUGGUUAUUUCAACCAAUUUUGGGAAGACAUCUCAAAGCUUCCCUCUCAAUGGAGGAAGGCCCUGAGUGGAGGUUUCUUUGGCCAUCCUCUUCUUGGGGCACAAGACAGCUUCAUUUUCAUUUUUUAGUUCUAUUAGGAGCAGUUCCAGGAAAUCCUCCCAAGUCUUAGUGCUGCCAAAAGGACACACUCCCAGCCCUGUAGUCAGCCUGUAUGCUCACCCUCCUGGUUAUUGGGUUACCACCCAUCAGUAAAAAAGGCAAAGGGAUGGAAAGCAUGCUUCCUCUCUGUGCUUUGGUCUGGGUGGCAAGCCAGAGUCCCUGAAUCUAGAUGGGGAAAAGUGGGUUGUUUUCCGUACCAAUAAAUUGAUUUCUCUGGCAACUGGUACAUAUUUUGUAAAACUAGAACUGAUAGGAGAAAACUGGUGCCAUUUUUUUGGAAUCAGCAGAUCAAAUAUACUCAGAAAUGUGGCUAAUACUUGAAGUACCAAAAUGUGUGUUGGUCAGUGUUGCAGAAUGCCCUCCACCUCUAUCAGAAAAGUGGAACGUACCUGCUAGGUAUCAUAUAAUUUUGUUUCUAGUGCAAAGGAGGGAACAAAAUAAAUAUAAUAUGCCAUAAUAGGUGAUUAAAUGUGUACUUACUAA